GGCGUGUUUCUUUGACACAGCGAAGAUGGCAAUGGCCUGCGUCUUCUUUCUUUCUCUCUCUCUGUCUCUCUGAAAGUCUCUGUUUUUCUUCUUCUUCUUCUUCUUUGAAGUUUCCGAACACAUUGGUUUUCUUUAUUUCUACGUCAUCACAAAUCCUCCAAAAAGGUAAUUCCUUUUCCUCUCUCUCUCCCUCUGCAAGUUUCUCUCUCUAGGAUUCCGAAAAUUUCUCUCUUUUUAGCCUUCAUUUGUAUAAACAUAAAUAGUUUCUCACUUAGGAACAAAAACCCAUUUUCGCCUUUUCCGUGAUCUGUUGGUUGCAUGUUUGUUCAAUUCCUUUUCAUAAUUUUCAUACCCCAAAUAGAAUAUAGAAUAUCUGCUCCUUUUUCUUAGUUGUUCCUUUUUUUUUUUUUUUUUUUUUUUGGUUAUUGUUCAUGAUCAUAGCCUUUUGUACAUAUAUUUUGAUUCAAAGUUGAAUAGAUAUAUGAUUGAAUUUUAUCUGUGAAGAGAACUCAUUUGAUGAAUUUAUUGUUGGCUUGUGAAAUUUGUGAUGCUUUAUGAGCGAAUUCUUAUCCAAUUUCCUGGUGUAAAGAAUCGGAAUUUUUAGUGUUUAGUUAUGGAUAAUUAUGGUUCUUCACCUUCACACCCAUACCAAAAUCCAUAUCCAUACCCCCAGAACCCUCAUCCUCAAUACCCACCUCCAAGUUCAGAUCCAUACCCACCUGCUCCAUAUCCAUACCCCUAUAAUCCAGCCUACCCUUACCAGUAUUCCUACCCACAGCCAGCACCACCACAACAUCAACCUACAACCUCCCAUUCAGGUCCUUUAGACUAUCAUCACCGCCCUUUAGAAUAUCACCACAACCCAAACCACCCUCAAUCUUCUUAUUCUGGUCCUCUUCCAUAUCCAUAUCCAUAUUCAGCUCCAGCUCCUCCAAUUUCCCAACCGGUUCCUCAGCCGACCCUUCAACACCAUAGCAGUUUUCAGCAUGGUUCAUCCCACUAUCAUUAUCAACAAUCUGGUGCAUACCCACCUCCGGAAACCCCUUACCAAAUCCCUUCGCGUGCCAAUAGCUUUUCUAAUCAUCACAGGUUGGAUAGUUCUAGUUCCAUACAAACUGAGGCAACAAUAAAUCAUGAUAAUGUUACUGAUUCCACCCCUUCUGCCCCUGUUGCUUACCCGCCUUUGGAUGAUCUUUUGAGCAAUGUGCAUUUGUCUGAUAAUCACCCAACUGCCCCUGCAUCGCCUUCAGCACCUGCAGUGUCAUCAUUACCCAGUACACCUCCUAGUGCAAGGUAUGAUAAGCAGGGGGAUUUUUAUGGAUAUCCCAAUAGCUCAUUUACAAGUGGUUGGGAGGCCUCUUAUUCAGGUCCACUUGCAUCACCUGGCCAUUCUGGUCCACUUGCACCACCUCGUGAUUCUGCUUAUUCCCAUUCCAGUUCAUUCGAUGGCUCAAAUCAUGGUCAAGGUAUGCAGAUUGUGCCACUGCAGAGUAAAGGAUCCUUGAAGGUUUUGCUUUUGCAUGGGAAUUUGGAUAUAUGGGUAUGUGAUGCAAAAAACCUUCCAAAUAUGGACAUGUUUCAUAAAACAUUGGGUGAUAUGUUUGCAAAGUUACCAGGGAAUAUGAGCAACAAAAUUGAAGGGCACAUGAAGAAGCAUAAGAUUACCAGUGAUCCUUACGUUUCAAUUUCAGUGGCAAAUGCUGUAAUUGGGAGGACUUAUGUGAUUAGCAAUUCUGAAAACCCUGUUUGGAUGCAGCACUUUAAUGUUCCUGUAGCACAUUAUGCAGCUGAAGUACACUUUGUUGUUAAAGAUAGUGAUGUCGUGGGGUCACAGCUUAUAGGAAUUGUUGCAAUUCCUGUGGAGCAUAUAUACUCAGGGGAAAAAGUUGAGGGAAUUUACCCUAUAUUGAAUGCUAAUGGGAAACCUUGUAAACCUGGAGCUGUCUUGAGACUCUCAAUUCAGUACACUCCAAUUGAGAGACUGAGCAUCUACCAUUAUGGAGUGGGGGCAGGCCCUGACUAUUUUGGUGUUCCAGGCACAUAUUUUCCUCUGCGCAAAGGUGGAAGAGUAACUCUUUAUCAAGAUGCCCAUGUUCCAGACGGUUCUCUUCCUGGUUUUAAACUAGAUGGGGACUUGUCUUAUGUACAUGGAAAGUGUUGGCGUGACAUUUUUGAUGCAAUACGUCAAGCCCGGCGUUUAAUUUACAUUACUGGAUGGUCAGUUUGGCACAAUGUUAAACUAGUUCGAGAUGCUGCUUAUCAAUCAGAAUUCACCCUUGGUGAUGUUUUGAGGUCCAAAUCCCAGGAAGGAGUGAGGGUUCUGUUGCUUGUUUGGGAUGAUCCCACUUCAAGGAGCAUUUUGGGCUAUAAGACUGAUGGAAUCAUGCAAACCCAUGAUGAGGAAACUCGCCGAUUUUUCAAGAAGUCUUCAGUGCAAGUUCUACUUUGUCCCCGAAGUGCUGGAAAGAGACACAGCUGGGCCAAGCAAAAGGAAGUUGGGACUAUUUAUACACACCACCAGAAAACUGUUAUCGUAGAUGCUGAUGCUGGCAAUAAUAGAAGAAAAAUAAUAGCUUUUGUUGGAGGACUUGAUUUAUGUGAUGGACGGUAUGAUACUCCGCACCAUCCUAUAUUGAGGACACUGCAAACAGUGCAUAAGGAUGACUAUCACAACCCUACUUUCACGGGUAAUGUUGCUGGUUGUCCAAGAGAACCAUGGCAUGACAUGCACUCCAAAAUUGAUGGCCCAGCGGCUUAUGAUGUUCUGACCAACUUUGAGGAGCGCUGGUUAAAGGCUUCAAAACCUGAAGGGAUGAAACUGAACAAAAAGUCAUAUGAUGAUGCUUUGCUCAGCAUAGAUAGGAUUCCAGACAUCAUUGGAAUGUCUGAUGCUUGUAGCACUAAUGACAAUGACCCUGAGGGUUGGCAUGUUCAGAUUUUUCGUUCAAUUGACUCGAAUUCUGUUAAACGCUUCCCCAAGGAUCCAAAAGAUGCCACAAGCAAGAACCUGGUCUGCGGGAAGAAUGUUCUGAUUGAUAUGAGCAUACAUACAGCAUAUGUGAAGGCCAUCCGUGCUGCCCAGCAUUACAUUUAUAUAGAAAACCAAUAUUUUAUUGGGUCUUCUUACCAUUGGAAUCACUACAAGGACUUGGGUGCUAAUAAUUUGAUUCCAAUGGAAAUUGCCCUCAAGAUAGCUGAUAAAAUCAGAGCAAAUGAGAGAUUUGCUGCCUAUAUUGUUAUUCCAAUGUGGCCAGAGGGUGUUCCAACUGGUGCUGCUACACAAAGGAUUUUAUUUUGGCAGCAUAAAACAAUGCAAAUGAUGUAUGAGAUAAUUUACAAAGCUCUUGUGGAAGUUGGGCUUGAGGGUGCAUUCUCACCACAAGACUAUUUAAAUUUCUUCUGUCUUGGCAACCGUGAGGCCAUAGACGGAGUUGACAAUGGAAGUCCUACUGCAGCAAACACUCCUCAGGGACUGAGUCAAAAAAACCGAAGAUUUAUGAUUUAUGUUCAUUCGAAAGGAAUGAUAGUUGAUGAUGAGUAUGUAAUAUUGGGGUCUGCAAACAUAAACCAGCGCUCAAUGGAAGGCACAAGAGAUACAGAAAUUGCAAUGGGAGCAUACCAACCUAAUCAUACCUGGGCGAGAAGACUCUCUAACCCUCGUGGACAGAUCUAUGGAUAUAGGAUGUCGCUGUGGGCAGAGCACGUUGGCGGUGUCGAGGACUGCUUCACAGAGCCAGAGAGUCUGGAAUGUGUAAAAAGAAUGAGAACUAUAGGGGAGACAAACUGGAAACAAUUUGCCGCCGAGGAGGUGACAGAGAUGAGGGGUCAUUUAAUGAAGUACCCAGUUGAAGUUGAACGCAAUGGCAAGGUCAAGUCCCUUCCUGGACAUGAAAACUUCCCUGACGUGGGUGGAAAUGUAAUCGGCUCAUUCCUUGCCAUUCAAGAAAAUUUAACCAUCUGAUCUUGCUAAUCAUAUUACGUUUAUAGAAACAGAAUGAUAUUUACAGAGAUAGAUUUUUCAUUUUGGUUAUUUUCUGCUAGAAAGAAACCAUUUCUGAUGUAUAGGCGUUUUUGGCAUUGAUUUGUUUGUUGUACAUUUAUAUGAUGAAAUAUUACUUGGAUAUAAAAAUUUGCAAUAAGAAUGAAAAUUUUGCCCAAACAA